UGACGAUCUUUACCGAAUAUUAUUUAAAAUUUGUAUGUAGUUUGUCAGUUUGUGUUUCCAGGAACAACAAACAAACCAGGCGCUAGGCGCUUUUAUAGCGCUAGUAUGCUGUAAUGGAGACUAGUAUGAAGGAGAAAUGUAUUAGAUGUAAAGUCAAUGUACACUUCUCUGAAGUUGAGUGGCAGGACAGUGCUGGUGUGAGUGUGAUUUUGGAGGGACCCUCUGUGUUUGUGCGUGCCUGUGUCUUGGGUCAGCUGCAGUACUCUCACCUCCACACACCCACCUUCCCCGUCACCAUCAAUCAGACACUCACUUUUGAUAGGGUACUGACCAAUUGUCGUACUCUCGGUCUCUUCAAGGAGGUGAUUCAAGGGGAGCACGUCAAGUUUGAGCUCAUUCAGGUGUCCAGCGACUUUAGAGGUGGUAAGAUUCUGGCAAGAUUCGACACACCUGCCCACAAGUUCUUGUUCCCAGAGUGUCCCAAUGGAGACCUUCAACAACUCGUCAUGGACAAGGCAAGGAAGUAUCAGCACCCACCUCGACUGACCUACACCUGCUCCACCUCCCAAUCAGAGGUCACAGUGCAGUCUCCCAUGGACUCCAUCUUAGCACACGGACCCACUACGCAACACAAAUACACAACUGACAAAGGCACUGAUCAACUAACAAUGUCAGCACUGGGCAAUGGAACCGCACCUCUCAAAACGCACAGAACACCACAGCACACUGUUAACAAUACGAGCUCACUUGAUGGAGAUCACACCAGGCUCAAGUUACAUUCUCUUCUGGACAGCUAUUUAGAGCCGUCAAAAAUAGAGACUAAAGAACAUAAAACAUCUUACCGUGUGAAAUUUAAGCCACCUGUUUCAAAAUUCCCCAAGUCAGCCUCCUCAAAACAGACUCAGAGUCUCCUUCCAACCACACACAGCCCACUCAUGUCCUCAGAACUCUUUCAAAGCACUACUGCACAGCUUGGUCCUCACCAGUGGGUGGAGUGUCCUAGAAGAAGCCCAAAGAGACAGCGUUCAUUGUCCGCCCCAAGCUCACCAGUAAGACGAGCGAAACGUGCAAAUUCCGAAAACAUACGACCGUUGAGUGCAGAUUUUGAUGACUUCCUUGCUCUAUCGGACCUUGAAGAUCCACAAGAGGAGGUGAUGGACACUAGACCACCGUUUGUAGUGAGACGUAUCGACCAACACUUAAUGGGACGGAGGGAUUUUUGUGGUUGCUCUCGAACUAAGAAUAAAGAAGAAUUAUCUGGAAUAUCAAAGAUGAGUAAAAGCGAUGCAAGUAGGAGUGAACGUAAGCAGUCAGCGAGAAUAGUGCCUGCAUAUCUGAAUGAGAGCAUACAAAUGAGCCAUGAAGACUACACAACUACCGACCACAGUGGAACACUAUUUAGGAGCUUAAUUUCUCCUUCCAAGCAACGACCCCACUCUGUGCAAUUUACCACGCCUAUUGACACUCCGACUCUCAGCAAACCAACUACCCAUUGCAGUAAUGGGAAGCAGGAGCUGCUGUCGAAAUACCAGGUUGCAGGGUCGAGUCAUGUGCGGAGGGGGUUGUGUUGUCCUGGUAAUAUGCGGAGGGGGGUGGACAGUCCGGGACGAGCCAUUGAGGAGAAGAUAGAGAGGCUUACAGCUGAGUGCUACGAUUUUAAGCACGGAGCCGAUAGUCUUGGUGAGGACUCCCUGAGUGAGGACCUUGAUCGACUGAGGGCCUCCCUACAAGCAGAAAGAGAUGACCACCUCAGUCAAACCGGCAGGCUGGCCCCAACAGACAAUGUGACAGUGAAGAUUGGACCAAGGGACUAUUGGUCCCGAAGGAUGUCUGAGUUCACUGGGAAGAAGCACAGACUGUUGUUUGAUGAAACGCUUGAAAAGAUUUAUAACGAAUUGUAUACUGAUGCAUCUCAGAGUGUGUAGUAUAGUGUAUACUGAUGCAUCUCAGAGUUAGUACAUGUACAUGAUAUUGUGUGUUUGUCUCAUG